AUGGAUGAAAAGUAUCAGACGGACUUCCCGAAUUCACACAAGCUCUCGAAUAUCGAUAAUUUGAACAUGACGAACCAGUCGGUUCAACGAAAUCGGCUUCCAACGCUAGGAGAAAUAUUAGCUAACAAGACAAAACCGCCAGUAAGCUUGCAUAAUUUUUACAAUUAUAUGAAAGUAACAGACCACAAUUCAGAUUACCUAGACUUUUGGUUUGAUUUGGUGAAUCACUUGAAUUUGUGUAAGCAUUAUAUACGGGGAUUAAGAGAUAGCAUCAUUAGACAGUCAUAUAACGAGAAUCGUCAAUCAGUGCCCAUACUGGAAAGAUCGAAGGCAAAGUCUGUUUCAUCUUCUAUUUUACUAGAUCUUAUAUUAAAUGAUAAUUUUUUGCAGGACAAUGACUCUAAAAGGUUGUCAAAGUUCUUGCGAGGCGACUUGGAAGUGAAUCCAAGGUUAUCCGAGUUAAUUAGUAUCUACGAUGAACAAACGGUCGCCAACAACUCGGCACAGGGAGGACAAACAGGAUACACAGGCUACACGGGGAAUGAUUCUACCACUUCCAUACACAGUCCCAUAUAUAAUAAUACUAAUGACAAGAGGGUAUCGUCGAAUUCAAGGUUGUUAGAAGACGAUUCGUAUGUUUCGAACCAACUAAACAUUACAGACGCUGACAAAUCACAAGUAUAUGCCCAGCCAAAAUACAUGCCACUAGAACAACCGCCACGUAAAAGGGUUUCGUCCGUGAAUCCUAGCACGGUAGAAAAACUCAUCAAAAACUCGCCAAAUAUGUCCGAGCGAAGCUCCUUUAUCACAAGAGAUAACCUAAAAGAAUCAUCCAAGAAUUUAUUAUUGAAAUACUUCGUAGAGGAUUCGGAGAAAGAUUUGUAUUUACCAGGUAACCUUAAGAAUGAAAUUGUAAGAGCCAUAGAAGUGGAAGGUAGAGACGAUCCUGAUGCAUUUAAUAACGUGAAGAUUUAUGUCUUCAAUAAAUUGGAGAACUAUUAUUUGCCUCACUUUUUGGAUUUAGUGGCCAUAAAGAACAUCAAUCGUACUAGUAAUAACUUUUUUGUUUCGUAUGGGAGAAUCAUAUUGGGAUUCUUCUUCUUAUUCAUUGGGUUUUGGAUGAGCUAUAUUUUUGUAUUUUUAAAUUACCUGAAAGGUAAAAGGCUUUAUAUCAUCAUCCCAUUCAUAAUAUCUGCAUACUGUUUAAUAUCAUCGAUUUACUUCAUAGAUCCAAUCUUGGUAUGGCUUGGCUAUAGUGAAUCAUUUACAAACGAAAACUAUUUGAUUAAAAUUAAGGAAAAAUUCAUACAUAGACUAUUAAUUAAAAGAAGCUUGUGGGUAACAGCACUAAUUUUGUUGUUUACGGCAGUGUUUACGGUACUCUUUAGCUUAGUUCCCGGUCAUAGAUUAUAG